GUCAUUUCCGGGUGCGCCGUCAUGCUGAUGCUUCUGACAGAAGACAAAACAAACCUAUUUCUUUGUUAGAAAUAUAAAAUGUUAUUAUUGUAAGUUGUAGAAACUCGGAGGCAGUGUUUUCACACAGAUUAUUAUGGCACCUUCAGACUGUAAAACUCUGAUUCAGAGGUUUUACCACCUUCAGUCAGAGCGUCUAGAGACGUACAGACUGUUUGAAGAAGGGCACGAGGCCUACUUAAGGACGGGACCUCAUUACGACUUUGAGCGCUACAGGCAGCUGGUCCACGAGAUAACACAAGCCUUCUGUGGCAUCUCCAAAGAAGUUCUGGAGAUCAAAGGGAAGCUGCACCACAGCUUUGACAGGCCAGACCUCUCUGAGCACAUUGAGAAGCUGCAGAGCAAAGAGAAGGACAAGCUUCAGCUGACAGCCAGGCUGCAGCUGGCCAGGCAGCAGGCUCAGGAUCACCCAGAGGACGAAGGCUGUCGAGAAAAGAUUCAGGAGAUCAAGCAGGACAUCAUCAAGAAUAGAGAGGCUCUGAGUGACAUCAUGCAGGAUUUUAAAUAUGACUCAGAGGAGUGUGAUUGACAAGUGGCUCCCAGAAGACCUGCAGGCAUCCACUCAGGUUGCUGGGCGGCAGACUGACAUUUCUACUCAAUUCUGAUGGAUUUUCCUUCUGGCACCUUUCAGCCACACCUGUGUCUCCUCCUCUGGCUCCAGCCUGCAGCUUGAUUACAUGUUCUUUGUAAAUAUCGACCUCUCAAAGACGAUCUGCAUAUGUUCAAACUUGUAAAAUAGUAAAUUUAAACAUGAUGAGAAAAUUGGUCUUUAAUUAUGUGGUGCUUUCAGAAAAAUACUGCACAAAAAUCAAAAUAUCUGACAGAAUAAUGUGUUCAAACACAGGGCCGUGUACACAUUUUACAAAGUACACAUCGUACUGACAUCUCCAUUACUGCCAUUACACUGUGCCGAGGUUUUCUGCACAGUUGAAUGUGUUCAGUUGUACAGAUGUUUCCAUUCCAACAAAAAACAUACAUUUGAUACAUUUCAUUAUGAAAUAAAUGAGCAACUGAUAAUCAUGAAAAUACAAGCUGAUUUUCUUACAGUUUGCAGAAUACACCAAAGUGUAAUACUGAACAGCCUGGUUUUCAUUAUUUAUUAAAAAAGGGGUCUAAGUAUGUUUAAAUCA